CAGAACACACGAGGAUAGGAAAGUGGCUCUGAGAUACUGCUGGAUCGAGGUUUUUUGCAAUUUGCUAAAAACAAGUGGAUCGGCAGUUCAGAUGAGAACUCCUUAAAUCCCUCACUCUUCCAGUCCUUAUCUUUCUUUAUUUAAGUGGAUUUUCCCUUUUCAGUUGAAUAAGGAGAGGAAACUGCCUGGGAUAGAGCAAAAAGACUCUCCUAAGCUAAGGAUGUUUGCAUCCAGGGCAGAAAUGCCACUUCCUACUACGUGAUAAAGACCAUGAGGACUUUGCAGGACUGCCACCUGCGCCAUUGCCAAAAUGACGGCAUCUGCCAGAACAUUCAGGUUUCCAGUCUGUGAUGCUCCAGCAGGUUCGUACUAUAAGAGGCACAAUUCUGGAGACAACUAAGGAAAUUUAGGGAAAAUAUCCCUAACUAUCAGUGGAAGAACUCUGAACUGCUUCAGAGAUAUAAACCAUGCAUUCCAGAAGUAAUAGCAACGAAAGCCCAACCAGACCAAAGCUGAGCCAGCCAAGGGCGAAAGACCACCACAAAGAAGAGGUUGGUCACAGUGGGAAAGGAAAUGCACAAACAUGGCAGAAAGAGAAGGAUGAUGUAGCCCAAGCCAGUACCAUCCUGAGAAGUCCAAAGGCAGAGAAAAAACCAAAAAGUUCCGUCAAGAAAAGGGAGGAUCUCUCUCGUGAUGACUUGCUAUUUCUUCUCAGUGUCCUUGAGGGUGAAUUACAGGCUCAAGAUGAAGUUAUAGGAGUACUUAAGGCUGAAAAAAUUGACUUAGCUUUGCUUGAAGCACAAUACGGCUUUGUUACUCCCAAGAAGGUGUUAGAGGCACUCCAGCGAGAUGCUAUUCAAACAAAGGCUGAGCAAUGGCAAGAAGAUAUCUAUGAAAAGCCUAUGGGAGAGCUUGAUAAAGUUGUAGAGAAACAGAAAGAAGUUCACAGAAGAAUGCUGGAACAACUUCUAAUGGUAGAAAAAGCACACAGACAGACACUGUAUGAACUAGAGGAAGAGAAGAGGAAGCACAGCAAAUAUAUGGAAAAAAGUGAUGAGUUUACAAACUUGCUGGAACAAGAAUGUGAAAGAUUGAAAAAGCUUCUUGAACAAGAGACAGUAUAUCAGGCAAAAAAAGAAAAGGAAAACAACAAGAAAAUAGCUAAACUGAAAGAAGAAUUAACUAAACUGAAAUCCUUUGCUUUAAUGGUGGUGGAUGAACAGCAAAGACUCACUGAGCAGUUGAAUCAACAAAGUAAAAAAAUUCAAGAAUUAACCACUUCUACAGAACAAGCACACGAAAAGCUGACUUUUGCUGAAGCAAAAAUUCAAGAAGAGAAACAGAGAUCCAGCAGGCUGGAGGCUGAAAUUCACGCCCAGAGCAGUAAGAUUUCCCAAGACCAAGAAGCAAUGAUGGCCAAACUAACCAAUGAAGAUAGUCAGAAUCGCCAGCUCCGGCUAAAAUUAACAACUCUCAGCCGGCAAAUUGAUGAGCUGGAAGAGACCAACAAAUCUUUGCGAAAAGCAGAAGAAGAACUGCAAGACCUAAGGGAUAAAAUUAGUAAGGGAGAGUGUGGGAACGCCUCGCUUAUGGCUGAAGUAGAAGAACUACGGAAAAGACUGCUGGAGAUGGAAGGAAAAGAUGAAGAGCUCAUAAAAAUGGAAGAUCAGUGCAGAGAACUUAAUAGAAAGUUAGAAAAAGAAGCAUCACAGAGCAAGAACCUAAAAGGGGAAGUUGAUAAACUUAAUAAAAGAAUUAUGGAGCUGGAGAAACUAGAAGAUGCUUUCAACAAGAGUAAACAGGAAUGUUACUCCCUGAAAUGCAACCUAGAAAGAGAAAAAAUGUUAACAAAGCAGUUGUCCCAUGAGCUGGAUGGUUUGAAAGCUAGAGUUGGUGAGCUUGAAGCAAUUGAAAGCAAAUUAGAAAAAACUGAGUUUACACUUAAAGAAGAUUUAACAAAGCUGAAGAGUUUAACAGUGAUGCUUGUGGAUGAAAGAAAAACUAUGGGUGAAAAAAUAAAGCAAACAGAAGAAAAGCUGCAAGCUGCAACUUCUCAGCUUCAGGUGGAACAAAAUAAAGUGAUGUCAGUUACAGAAAAGCUGAUGGAGGAAAGUAAAAAGGCACUGAAAUCAAAAUCUGAUGCAGAAGAAAAGAUGUCCAGUGUUACAAAAGAAAGAGAUGAACUGAAAAACAAACUGAAAGCAGAAGAGGAGAAAGGAAGUGAUCUUGUUUCCAAAGUGAAUAUUUUAAGUAAAAGACUUCAGUCUCUGGAAGAUGUUGAAAAAGAGUUUCUUAAAAAUAAACGUAAGGAGAGUACUAAAUCUAGCACCUCCUUGCAGCAGGAAAAUAACAUAAUCAAAGAGCUUUCUCAAGAAGUUGAGAGGCUUAAGCAGAAGCUCAACGAAAUGAAGUCCGUAGAAGAUGAUCUUAUGAAAACUGAAGAUGAAUUUGAGUCUCUAGAACGAAAAUAUGUCAGUGAACGGGACAGAGCCAAGCUCCUCUCAGAGGAGCUGGAGGCUGUGAAAAUGGAAUUGGCGAGGUAUAAAUUAACAGAAAAGGCAGAGCCCAGUCAGGAGCGCCUUUUUAAGAAACUCAGAGAAGAGGAAGCAAAAUCGAGUCACCUUUCCAGAGAAGUAGAUGCACUGAAAGAGAAAGUUCAUGAAUAUGCGGCAACAGAAGACCUAAUCUGUCACCUGCGAGGUGAUCACACAGUCUUACAGAAGAAACUCCUCCAACAAGAAAACAAAAACAGGGAGUUAGCCAGAGAAAUGGAAAGCCUCACAAGAGAACUGGAGAGGUACAGAUCCUUCAGCAAGAACAUCAGGCCCGGUCUCAAUGGAAAGAAAAUUCCGGAUGUGCAAGUUUUUUCUAAAGAAAUCCAAACAGAUCCAGCAGACAAUGAACCACCCGAUUACAAAACCCUCAUGCCUUUAGAGAGAACGGUCAUAAAUGGGCAGCUCUAUGAAGACAGUGAUAAUGAGGAGGAACAAACAGUGUCUUUCAAAAGCAACUCCUCCACCGCAAAUGCCGCAAACAAAAAAUUAUGGAUCCCUUGGAUGAAGUCCAAAGACGGCCAUCCUCAAAACGGAAAGAUACACACAAAGCAAAAUGGAAACUGUGCGCAGGCUGGAGAUCUAGUGCUUAGCCAUACACCUGGCCAGCCUCUUCACAUAAAAGUAACUCCAGAUCAUGGACAGAACACAGCAACCCUUGAAAUAACCAGUCCUACCACUGAAAGCCCUCACUCCUACACAAGCACAGCAGUUAUACCCAACUGUGGCACUCCAAAGCAAAGAAUAACCAUUAUUCAAAACGCCUCCUUAACACCUGUAAAAUCAAAAGCAGGAGAAGGUUACGUGACCCCAGAGCAUGUAAUUUCUCCUAUUACUAUGACUACUUUUGCAAGAUCUCAAACUCCUGAAUCAUGUGGUUCUUUAACUCCUGAAAGAACAAUGUCCCCUUUGGCUUUACCGGGCUCAAGUUCUCAGGAACAAACACUCACCUCGGAGCCUUUGGAAAUGGGAGCCAAGCAUGCUGUUUUUAGAGUAUCCCCAGACAGGCAGUCAUCAUGGCAGUUUCAGAGAUCUAACAGUACAGGAUCAAGUGUAAUAACUACUGAGGAUAACAAAAUCCACAUUCAUUUAGGAAGUCCUUAUGUCCAAGCUCUCACCAAUUCCAAGCCCAUCAGCCCUUGCAAUGCAGUGCAAGACAACAGAACUCCAGCACUACCUAAUGGCCUACCCACAAAGCCCACCAAUAAAAUCACCAGCAGUAUUACUAUCACACCAACAGCCACUCCUCUUCCACGGCAAUCACAAAUUACAAUUACCAAUACGUUCCGUCGUUCAAUUCCAACUCGGAUCCCCAAACCAAAGCCUGCAAGCACAACCAAAGCACCUGUCAAAAUUCCUGCAGGACAUCUCAACAAACCACUCCAAGACAGCCCUUCUGGAAAGAUACGCAUUGUAAGGACUGUGUCUAAAGCCUGCCUUCAAGGUGGAGGGAGAAGCUAAAAGUUUAACUUAACCACUGAGACAGUACAACACAUUAGCACUGCUGUGUGACUGUUUUUGCAAGAAACCUAUGCCUUCCUCAACAGCUUCACAAGAAGUUCUCCAGAAGUACUUAAAAAGAAGUUUUAAAAGAUCAGUCUACCGAAAAAUUAUUUUGGCUGUGUCCGACGAGACACACCUGCGUUAACAUGCAGACAUUACAGAAUGACUCUGCCACAGUAAAAAGGAAAGGCUUCCCAAUUUAUUCACUAAAUCUUCAGCUAUCAUGCUGAGAGUCCAUAUCAUGUAUGCACAGACCCCAAAACAGCUCACAGAAGCACACCAUUGCAAUUGCAGAAUGAAUGUACUUGAUGUGAAGAAACACAGAUUUCAAAAAGCAGCUCUCAGCUUGGCAUGCUUAUCAGAAAGGUCUUCAAGUACUGACCAAGUUCUAUUACAAGGAACAGCAAGCCAUUGAUGAGUCAAAAAAAAAAAAAAAAUACAAACCUCUUCAUACAGAGUCCAGCAACAGACCUCAGCCCUGAUCAAGCAACAGCGCUCCCACUGAAUAUACUACAAUGAAGAGUCUGCUUCUCAAUAGCUGUAAAUCACACAUUACAAAUUGAUGUUAACUAGCACCCUUCAGUACUCAGAAAGAAAGGAGAACCCCUGGAAAAAGAAAUCAAUUCCAGCAAAUCCUUUGCUUUAGAGCCCACACGGAACGCCACAAGCACUGCCAGAUCAUCCUCUGUGGUCCCAUAUUAUACUUCUCAUCUAUUUGUGCUGCUAACAUACAAGAGCUCCUGUCUUGCAUGAAACAAUUAAUUUCUACCUGUGAGAGCCAUGCCCAUCAUAGGUAGAUCCUGCUUAAGGAUCUAAAACUGACAAAUGGAGAUACUACACUCCUAUGGGAUUAAGGGUGAUACAGGAAGCAUGGAGAAUGAAAGACAAGGAGUGGUUACUAAAAAGGAGGAAACUGGAAGAAUUUCUGAAAAAUAGAAGCCCAUCCCUCUCCCUCAAACUGACUGGGAGAGGAGGCACGCUGGCUACAGGCAAGAUCUGGACAUUUAUAGCUCUGUGAGAAUUGCUCUUUUCUGUUCAUGGAGGGAAGAGGAGAAAGUUGGUGUCCUUCACCAGUUCGAAAUAACCUCCUCCAAAUUCCUUAUUCCUUCCCUUGUAAUUCUGAAUGCAAUAUAAAAAUCUCAUGAGAGAAUAGACAAAGUUGUGACACAAACUGGAAAAAAAGGAAGGUAAGGAAGUCCUGCAGUUGCAUGACAUGGGACGUGUAACACUAAACUACGCUGCUAAACAGAGAAUAAUCCCUAACCACUCCCUCCACAAAUCUCAUCUCAAAGGUUUGCUGAAGAUGUUAUUAGGCAAGAUUCUUUAAUUUUUGUCAUGUGAAAAGGUAAAAAAAUGGGUAAUCCCUUUACCAAUUUCUUCCUUGAGUUUUGUGGGCUUUUUUUACACCUAUAAAUCACUUGCAGCAGGGUAAACAUUCAUGACUUGAGGUGAGAGUAAUUACCUCUAAUCUUUAAUAUGGACUCUAAAAUAAUGACUUCCAAUGACAUGGCCAAAAGUAAACUUAGAAUUACAUAUCCAUACACUAGAAUAUAUAUUUAUAUAUAUUUUGUGUUUUCAUACUCUUUAGGUGGAGCAUAUGAACAAUUUUCAUACUCAUUUUAAAAGUAGCCUUUUCUAACUAGAAGUGGCUAAAAUCUAAAACACUUUUGAGAGUUGAGUUCUGAUGAAUAUUUUGUAGGUCAGAGCUUAUUCUAGGGUUAAAGGAUGUGGCAAAAGACCAGUAUUUCAAAAGUACAUUUUGAAUUCUGCUUUGCACCUGCAGUUAUGGCAGAGAUGUUAUUUUUAAACAAGUCAGCAAAUGAGGUUGGAUAGUAUUUUUUUAACAAAACUUGAUGUUUCACAGAAAUAAAAUUGACCAAGUCUUUCAGAGGUGCUCACUAAUGUGCAAUUAUUUUCUUGUAUUGCUGCCUACAUCAUACAUUGUGAACCCCAAUUUCCUCUUUUAUGCCAACUGAUUUUAAAGCAUUUUACAGUAUCGAUAAGAUGCUGUACAAAUUAACGUUUGAUUUUACCUGUUUCAUGUGAAAAAUAGCUACACAAAAUAAAAGUAAGAGAUGUUUUAUGUUUACUGAUAGCUUGUGUCAACUUCAUCCAAAAACAGGCUCCAUAAAAAGAACCUGCCAACAAGUUUACAAAGGUGCGCUGCAGACAGCAGAGUACCUGGUUUGCACAAUACUCACCUGUAAUCACUACUUUCAACACACUCAGAGAAUGCUCUUGGAGUAAAGUACACAGUAUUGGGUUAGACACCUCCAGAGGUUAUUUUCCACCUGAAUUCUUUUAGUAGCUCAAAAAUACUGUUGCAAAAAGCCC